AUGGAAUCCUUGGAGGAGUUCGACUUGGCGCGGGAGCUGAACUUCAGGUCCUCCCGGCGCUUCCUCGCCCUGGCCGAGGAGGACCUGGCCGCGCUGGUGCUGCGGGCGCGCCAAGGCACCGAUGGGAGCUCCGAGAGUAGCCGCUUUGUGCUCACGUUUCCGCCACUGCAGCCAAAGUUUGCUCAGCUGCUUCAUGCCUUGCUCGUGCGCUUUGACCUCACCUUUGCCGUGCAGGGCUGGGGCGAUGAGCGGCGGCUGACGGCGGAGGCUACGCGAUCCAAAGGGCUGCUGCCGGCACUUCGCUGUGAGCACUUCCUGGCGGCAGCAGGCCUGUCCGACCUUCCCGGGAGCCUGGCCGCUGUGCCCGCGUCUGAGGUGGACUCGACCGACGCCAGCACCGGCGUGCCGGAAGAGGCGAAGAGGGCGGAAGAAGAGGAGGACGCCUUUGUCCCCGAGCACGACGAUCGCGAGAAGGCAGCUCCAGCCACACCGGUGAAACGGAAACGUGGUCGGCAAGGCUACAGCAGUGGUGGUGGCGGAAUGCGCGGGUGGAGCAGCGAGGAGGAGAGCGACCCGGAGCCUUCUCGAGCUUCCAAAGCAGAUGCGCGAAGGGCUCCGAAAGGGAAGGAGGCGACGCAGCGCGUCACCCGGGGCCGUGGCUUCUUGUCCGAGAGUGAGCAGGCCCGCGCAGCGAAGCCUCAGGCGGAUGAGGAGCUUCCAAUCGGCUGCAGGCUACGGGGCGACUACGAGCAUUAUGCGAUCGAUCCGGAGGACACUUGGCGACCACACAGGAAGCCCUACGUCGAACUGCUUUCGGAAGGGUGGGAGUUCUCUCACGCUUGGAGCUUCGAGCCGGAGCACAAUCCGAACCGGCCUCCGCCUCCCCGGGGCGAUCCGGGAGGCGUCGGCACGUGGCGCGUAGAACACGCCGCGGAGCGAUGCUUUUCCGUGGCCUUGGGAGGCCAAUCGCAGGACAUGCGGCGCUGGCUUUCGGGCCGCAGCGGCGCUGGCGAGGAGCCAUACGUGCUCGAAUUCCGCCUCGCCGAGGAAGAGAGGAAGUGGGACUAUCGCUUCGCGCGGGUGGCUAAGAUGAGCUCCGCGACUUGGAGGCCGCUGCCUUGGUCCUGCGACCGUCACACGGUCUUCUGGCUGGCCUGUUUCGUUGGCCGAGAGGACGGGAAGAACUACCUUCAAGCAGGUUUGGACAUCUUUCCAGAGAAGCGCUUCUUCUCCGCACGGCUCGCCAGCUUUCCAAAGAUGCUCGGAUUUGGUUUGCCAGCAGGGGCUCCAGGGCCUUUCUUUGUGCGAGACGUGGUGCUCUUCGGGCGAGGGGCGCUUCGCCCAGCGCCUUUCGCCGGUCGGGAUCACCUGGUCGAGGUUCCGCUGAGGCGCCGAGAGGCGGAAACUGCCCUGCGCAAGCAGCGGCUCUCCGGCGAGGUGCUUGCCCUUACCGCUGAGACCGACGAGAAGGAGAAGGAGAACAAAGAGAAUCCGCCUGGAAAGACUCCGUGGCGGAAGAUGUUCUCAGACGGAAUCCUGGAACCUCCCGCCGAGAAGCCUGCCAAGGCUGAGGAGGAGCCUGAAGCUCCCCCCUGCUGCCUCGUGGUCUGCGAGUCCAGCGAUCGCGCGACGGCCGUGGCCGAGAAACUGAAAGGGCAGGUCGUACCAGGCCUUCCGAAGACAUGGCCACCGCAGGACGCAGGCACCGAUGGUGUUGAGGCUGCCAAACAGAUCCUGGAGACGCAGGAGAAGGUUUGGCAGAGCCUCCGCUCCGAAACCGUGAGGGAGGUCGGUCUCUUCAAGGAGCACCUGGCGCGCGGCACCCGCCACCUCGAGGGCACGCGCAUCGCGCGGAGCGCUGCGAUGCGGAUGAUCAUUUCGGGUCUCAGUGGGGCCGCGCCUCUGCCAAACCCGCCACGAGCCGGUGUGUGA